AAAGAAGGAAAGAGAAACGGAUUGAGGAACGGGCAGGAGAAGAAGAGACGAGGCAAGUAAGAGUGUUGUUUCUAACUCGUGAGAUUUUUUUUUUGCUGGCCUGUUUGCUUCUCUUAUCUCCCAACAGGACACCGAGCCGAGAGGGCUGCUGCUGGGGCUGAGGUUUUAUUUCCAGGAGAUGGAGCGGGCCGCUGAGAUCACCAGGACCUUUAAUCUCUGACGCAUGUCUGUCCGCACCAUACCCUCCUCUACCAUGACCCAGCCGAGGUGGUGGCGCUGGUGAUGGAAUUUUGGGAGUUGGAUGGCCAAGCCUUUUGCAAGCGGAGGCAAGAGGAACACCACCACAUACUACUUCCAAAACAGCAGCUGGAGAGGAAAGAGAAGCGGCAAGAGGGAGCAGAGGGAACGGGAUCCAACUAGGGGCAACGACAAAGCUGGACGGAAGACAGAAGAGGGCGGCCAAGGAUCUGGAUCCUCGGAGGACUCCGUACCAUCCAAUUCCCAACCCAAGAGAAAGCGAAAGAGAAGAAGAGGAAAGAGACCAGCCCCAAGAAGAAGAACAGCAACUCCAAGGCUUCCAGCUUCACCCCUUCCAGCACCACCCGCACCCUGCACCACCCGGAGGUCGCUUCUAUUUCCCUUCCCCUUCCUCCUCCUCCUCGUCGCCUGCCACGGCUUCCUCCUCCGACUAUGCCCGUCUCUCCGACCGGAUGGCCGAGGCCCACGGCCACGGCCACGGCCUCCUUGCCCUCCACCACGGCCAUCAGCAGCAGCACCAGCGGCCGAGAUUCGGCGGAGGGCUGAGCGGCGCUGGUGAGAUCGUGGAGGUCCAGGGGGGCCACAUUGUGCGCUCCACCGGGCGCAAGGACCGCCACAGCAAAGUGUGCACUGCCAAGGGACCCCGAGACCGCCGCGUCCGCCUCUCCGCCCACACCGCCAUCCAGUUCUACGACGUCCAGGACCGCCUCGGCUACGACCGCCCCAGCAAGGCCGUCGACUGGCUCAUCAAGAACGCCAAGGCCGCCAUCGACGAGCUGGCCGAGCUUCCCGCCUGGCACCCGUGCUCCACCUCCGCCGCCUCCGCCUCCAACCCUCCUCCCGCCUCUGAUCCUCAGGAAACCCAGGCUCUCGUCGCUGCCAACCAGCCCGUCGGAGAUUCUAGCAAGAAACCAAUUCCAGUUGCCGAACCUGUUGCUUCUGCCGCCUUCAGCUUCGGCGGUGGCACUGGAGGUGGCAGCGGCAGUGCUAGUUUUCUCCCGCCGUCGCUCGAUUCCGAUGCUAUCGCCGACACCAUCAAAUCCUUUUUCCCCAUGGGCGCCGCCGCCGCCACUGCAACCGCCACCGCGCCCCCUUCGAGCCCUCCGAUCGGCUUUCAGAAUUACCCGCCGGACCUCUUGUCGCGCAGUAGCAGCCAGGACCUCCGCCUCUCCCUCCAAUCCUUCCAAGACCCAACCUUUCACAACCCCAGAAGCAGCCACCACCACCAGCGCCACCAUCCCCAAAGCCAACAUCUCCACCAGAACCCCGCUCCUUCCGUCCAGCAGGCCCUUUUCUCCGGCUCCGCCCAUUUGGCCUUCGACACGGCCUCCGCCGGCUGGUCCGAGCAGAGCCACAGGAUGUUUCCGUGGAAUGUCGCGGAGACAGGAGGCGGCGGCGGCGGGUACGUGUUCCAUGUGCCGCCGCCGCAGGCUGUGCCGCCGCACCCGGUGCUCGGCCAAAGCCACUUUUUUACUCAGAGGGGACCCCUUCAGUCCAGUAACUCGCCCGCCAUUCGUGCUUGGGCGGAUCCCAUUGUUUCGGCAACCGACCAGCAGCUGCACCCUGCGCUCCAUCCCUCGCUUUCGUCUAUUGGAUUCGCAUCCGGUGCUGGCUUCUCGGGGUUCCGCAUUCCGGCACGGAUACAGGGCGAAGAGGAGCAUGACGGCAUCUCCAACAAGCCGCCCUCUGCUUCCUCUGCUUCUCACCAUUGAUGGAGCGGAAGAUGAGAACUGACAACAACCAAUAUCCACCUACCCUGGUAAUUCACACUCAUUCUCUUGGACUUCUCCAUUUGCUCGUGUCAUUCGCAUUUACCCUGAAAAGGGUUUUCACCUUUUUCCGUGGGAUUGCUUGGUUUUUGUCGAGGUAGGUGAUGUGAAGGAAGCAACACUUCUGCUGGUAUGCAUGAAGUCAUUUCAUUUGAUUCUCUGGUUGGUCGGUUCCUCUCUUCUCUCUUUCUCUUGGUUUUCUUCAAAUGGGCUCCGGUAGCCCUUUCUUUGUUUGCCAUGGUUAGUCUUGGUUCUGUUGUAGUUGGAGUAGUUUGUUAAAUUUGCAUCAUGUUGCUGUUGAUGUUGUUGUUGUUAUUGCUACCGCUGCUGUUUUGUGAUGUCUUACCCUUUUCGCUGUCGUCAAAAGGGAGAGGUCUUUGGAUUACGGUCACCUGGAAAUGCCUCCAGAGAGUGGUUCUGUUGUGAGUUGUGGAGAAGAAACUGCUGAGCUAUUGACAUGGAAGCCAUAUGCUGCUUUCACUUUGAUUGGAAAUGAAUGGUCCUUUUCCCA